AUGUUGCCGCAUGAUGAUAAUGAUGAUGACGAUGAGGGGGAUGAUGACGAUGAUGAUGAUGGUGACGUUGAUGAUGAUGGUGAUGAUGAUGAUGACGUUGAUGAUAAUGAUGAUGGUGACGAUGAUGAUGAUGAUGAUGGUGCUGCGGCGGCUGAGAAGUCCAUCCCACGCCAGAUUGGCCGAGAAUUUGGGACGCUUGUUGGUCCGGCAUCAAGCCGAGAUCUGAUUGGUCGAAAGUCUGGACCCAACAGCCAAUCCUGGCCCAAUAUCGGCCUAAUGCCGGUUGCCAAUGCCGCAUCCAGAAUGCGUCAGAGUUUCCGCCUACGCUAUAUAUAUGAAGCGCUGUACAACUGUUCCUGA